AUGUCAGGCGAAACCAAGGAUCUGAAUGACACUUUUGACAACGCCCCAGGAGGUCGCGGUCUGGGGGAGGUCGCUAAGCCCGCCGAGGGUGAUGUUGGCGACAGCACUCCAGACUACAUCCCCAAGGGCUUUUCCAAGAAGGACAUUGAAAAUAUGGGAGGAAGCUUGAAAGUGCACGUGAGAUUGGCCCUUGAAGUGGACAUUCGGGUCAUUGCCAAAGUCAAGGGCGAUAUCUGCAUUGGCAUCUUGUAA